GUGUCAGUGUCCAUCGAUCGUUCUCUGUGCAUCUUCAAUAGAUGUGACACUACUUUUCUCACCGCUCUUGGGUUGCGAAACAUUGUCAAUCCGCCCACCAGGUCAAACGCUACCUUGGUCCUGGUGUUUGUUAAUAAUGUGAAGUGGUUCAUCCUAUGUACUCGUACUCCAAUCGGUAAUUCUGAUCACUCAACCAUCAAGCUUUCACCUGGCAUAUAUAGCAAGAACAACCACCAACAAACCACUCGCUGUAAUACUCGAAGGGUCAGGUGGAGACAGUGCUCCCCACAAAAUCUCGACAGACUUCGCGAAAUGAUCGCAUCGACGGAAUUGAGUUAG